CGGUUUGGCAAAUCGGGGGGAAAAGUAAAAAGGGUAUAGCCAGCCAACAAAUCGGCUGCAGAACUGAAAGACCCGCUCGGAAUCUCCCAAUCCCGGCUGCCGAUCUCAACGCCGGCCGGCCUCAACCCCAAGCAGUAAAGGCCUCAAUAGCUGCGAUCACCGACGUUCUCCCUUAUUCCGACGACGGUAAGUGGGCGGAAGGCGAAGCAGAGGAGAAAGCAAGCGCCAGGUAACCGCCGCCGGAGGAGGGGAAGAUGAUACUCCCGGUGGCGAAGCUCGGGACGCUGUUGCUGAAAACGAUGUCGAAGCCCAUCGCGACCAGGCUCAAGACGGAGGCCAGCCGCCACCCCAAGUUCCGGCAGCUCAUCAUCAACCUCGCUCAGGCAAAUCACCGCAUCUCCACAAACAUCCAAAGAAGAGUCUAUGGUCAUGCAACUAAUGUUGAGAUUCGACCGUUGAACGAGGAGAAAGCUGUUCAAGCUGCUGCCGAUCUUAUUGGGGAGCUCUUUGUUUUCUCGGUUGCUGGAGCUGCCGUAAUCUUUGAGGUGCAAAGAAGUGCAAGGUCAGAGGCCCGGAAAGAGGAGGCUCGAAAAAAAGAAAUUGAGGCAAUAAGGCAAAAGGAGGAUCAGCUGGCUGAGGAGAUACUGAAUAUGAAGCAGAAGCUUAGUGAAUUGGAGCGCUUUGCCAACUCGCAAGGUCUCUCUGGACUGUUCAGGAGCAGCAGCGUGCCAGACCAAACGAAACCCACAUGACCUGUUUGUUUGACUAGAAUAAAUUUACCGCUUCAUGGCCAAAACUCUAACCAGGUGAAUCAAAAAUACUCCUGCCCAGUUUCUUGAAGCUCCCACCAUAUGGGUCGCAUGUGUUAUCCCCAAUGACCAUUAUGGGAUGAUCCCGUCAAUAGGUCUUUGGGGUUCAAAAGAUCGGAGUUUCUUUUUCUGCAUUUAUCAACUUGGUUCUUGCAAGUUGUAAAUGUGAGAGAUAUAACACCUCGAAUUUGUCGUGGAAAAUCGCUGCCAAAAUGUUUGUAGCAACUCCCAUUCAGAUGCCAUCAUUGUGGAGGGUUCCUCUUCUAUGCAUUGAUUCAGUUUGCCGCUCUUGUGUA